AUGGUGCCCUCAACAUCCACUACAGCUGUCACUGAAUCAUCCACCACUACUGCAGGAGUUACCACAACAGCACCACAAACUAGCGUUACAACAACUGAAUCCUCCACAACAGCCACAACAACAGCAGCACCCUCAACAACCACUACAGCUGUUACUGAAUCAUCCACCACAACUGAAGUUACCACAAUAGCACCACAAACUAGUGUUACAACAACUGAAUUCUCCACAACAACAGCAGCACCCUCAACAACCACUACAGCUGUUACUGAAUCAUCCACCACUACUGGAGUUACCACAACAGCACCACAAACAGGCGUUACAACAACUGAAUCCUCCACAACAGCCACAACAACAGCAGCACCCUCAACAACCACUACAGCUGUUACUGAAUCAUCCACCACAACUGAAGUUACCACAAUAGCACCACAAACUAGUGUUACGACAACUGAAUCCUCCACAACAGCUACAACUACAAUGGUGCCCUCAACAUCCACUACAGCUGUCACUGAAUCAUCCACCACUACUGCAGGAGUUACCACAACAGCACCACAAACUAGCGUUACAACAACUGAAUCCUCCACAACAGCCACAACAACAGCAGCACCCUCAACAACCACUACAGCUGUUACUGAAUCAUCCACCACAACUGAAGUUACCACAACAGCACCACAAACUAGUGUUACAACAACUGAAUCCUCCACAACAGCAGCACCCUCAACAACCACUACAGCUGUUACUGAAUCAUCCACCACAACUGAAGUUACCACAAUAGCACCACAAACUAGUGUUACAACAACUGAAUCCUCCACAACAGCCACAACAACAGCAGCACCCUCAACAACCACUACAGCUGUUACUGAAUCAUCCACCACAACUGAAGUUACCACAACAGCACCACAAACUAGUGUUACAACAACUGAAUUCUCCACAACAACAGCAGCACCCUCAACAACCACUACAGCUGUUACUGAAUCAUCCACCACUACUGGAGUUACCACAACAGCACCACAAACUAGUGUUACAACAACUGAAUCCUCCACAACAACAGCAGCACCCUCAACAACCACUACAGCUGUUACUGAAUCAUCCACCACUACUGGAGUUACCACAACAGCACCACAAACUAGUGUUACAACAACUGAAUCCUCCACAACAACAGCAGCACCCUCAGCAACCACUACAGCUGUUACUGAAUCAUCCACCAUUACUGAAGGAGUUACCACAACAGCACCACAAACUAGUGUUACAACAACUGAAUCCUCCACAACAGCCACAACAACAGCAGCACCCUCAACAACCACUACAGCUGUUACUGAAUCAUCCACCACAACUGGAGUUACCACAACAGCACCACAAACUAGUGUUACGACAGCUGAAUCCUCCACAACAGGCACAACAACAGCAGCACCCUCAACAUCCACUACAGCUGUUACUGAAUCAUCCACCACAACUGGAGUUACCACAACAGCACCACAAACUAGUGUUACGACAGCUGAAUCCUCCACAACAGGCACAACAACAGCAGCACCCUCAACAUCCACUACAGCUGUUACUGAAUCAUCCACCACUACUGGAUUUACCACAACAGCACCACAAACUAGUGUUACGACAACUGAAUCCUCCACAACAACAGCAGCACCCUCAACAACCACUACAGCUGUUACUGAAUCAUCCACCACUACUGCAGGAGUUAUCACAACAGCACCACAAACUAGUGUUACAACAACUGAAUCCGCCACAACAACAACAGCACCCUCAACAACCACUACAGCUGUUACUGAAUCAUCCACCACAACUGGAGUUACCACAACAGCACCACAAACUAGUGUUACGACAGCUGAAUCCUCCACAACAGGCACAACAACAGCAGCACCCUCAACAUCCACUACAGCUGUUACUGUAUCAUCCACCACUACUGGAUUUACCACAACAGCACCACAAACUAGUGUUACGACAACUGAAUCCUCCACAACAACAGCAGCACCCUCAACAACCACUACAGCUGUUACUGAAUCAUCCACCACUACUGCAGGAGUUAUCACAACAGCACCACAAACUAGUGUUACAACAACUGAAUCCGCCACAACAACAACAGCACCCUCAACAACCAAUACAGCUGCUACUGAAUCAUCCACCACUACUGCAGGAGGUACCACAACAGCACCACAAACAGUACCUGAGGUGCUAACAAAGCUGGAGUUUCGCUCUCUUGAAACAUUUAUAGAUGCACUCAGUGAUAGAAACAGUGAUGAGUUCAAGAAUAGGUCUAAGCUUGUCAAGGAUGAGCUUGAGCCCAUCUACAGAAUCAAGUAUGCUAACUUCCUCAGAUUGAUUGUCCUAGGAUUCAGACGAGGGUCAAUCAUCACAUCAACAGAACUAGCUUUCAGCUUCAAUCAAGCUAUUCCAUCUGUUGAGGAGAUUUCGAUAACUCUCUUGACAGCAGUGGAAACAGGAGAUGUCAAGCCAUUGAACAUAAUUCCUCAAUCAAUUUCAGUCAAUGAUUCAGCUUCAGCAACCACUGUCACUCCUGUAGGAACUACAGCUUCAGGCGGAUUAAAGAUGGAAUACAGUCUGCUCCAAGCAACAUGCCUUAUUAUUAUGUCUAAAAUAUUAAUACUUUUCCUAUAGAUGCCAUAAACAUAUAUCAACCAUACAUGAGAGUGCAAUAAGACAUGACAUAAGCCGUAACAAAUUAAUUAAUCAACAAAUGUAUUUAUUAUUAUUACAUGGCAUAUAGGUUCAAUAUAUUUCCCAUUUUAGCACACUCACAAAUAAUGUUAUAGAGCAAUAUAAAGAUAUGUUAGAUGAUGCUUUGUUGCUAAAGAAUAUAAUUGCAGAUAUAAGUUUAACAGCAGGCUGUUAUGGUAGGGAAAAGUGGAUAUUUUUCCUCAUAUGUUUCCUAAUGUACGUUUUCAAAUGUAAACAAUGUCAAUGUUGUUUAACUGUAUACUUUUUUCCCUAACAAGUUCUAACUUGUCAAAGUGUCAUAUUUUAUUUUAAUUAAAUAAAAAUAUUUAUUAUGUCUA